CACAGGAUUAAAAAAAAAAAAAAAAAAAAGGGAAAUUUGAUUUCUCUUUAUGUAUUCCCCUCUACAAAACUUUUAAAUAUAAAUACACCUCAACUCUCCUUUCUUCUUUGUUUUCAAUUUUCAUAGUUAAAUUAGAGAUAUGAUUACUGGUGCCUCCGUUUUGUUUUUAUGGGAUUUGGUUUAAUAUUGAGCGACGAAUCAUGGGAAAUCGGUCUGAUAUAUUAGAGUGGUGUAAAUGUGAAGCCAAUGCUUAUUGUAGUACCUUGGUAGUCGUGUCGAAUAUAGAUGCUAGAUUGUUUGAUGAAACAUUUUUGGGAAUCCCAUUGAUAGACAGGUAGUGUUUUUCCGGUUUGAUGAUGAUAGUAAUGUUGUAGCGUUAACGUAGUUGUACGGUUUGUUCUGAUGGUAUGAGAAUGAACAGCUGGGAAUUUCUGUAAGACAGGAGAUAGAAUUUAGGUAGUGUAGUAGAUUAGAUACAUUUGACGUUUUGACGAGGGUAACGAAUUUAAGUUGGGAUAUGGGGUUGCCUCAAGUGCCCUCCAGCAAUAUUGCUGAGGAAGUGGCUACAUCAUUGAGUACAUUUGUUCAAAGUCCUGUUAGAUUUGCUGGUAUGAGCAGUUGUGAUAUGAGUGGAAUGCACAUAAGUUCCUUUAGCAAUCGGACAUCAGCGGAUUUUUCAUUCGUCUCGUCUAGGGAUGUUUCGAGGGAUGCUGAUAUUCUUAGUAUUCAUAAAGAUGGUAUGACAAGCAUGCAUAAAUUGAGGAUUGAUUCUGCGGAAAAUCAUGGAUUCUUCACUCAUAAUAAUGGUGGAAGGACUAACCAGAGUCCUGCAUCAAGGAUUGUUGGGUUCGAAUCAAAAAGUGAAAUAAAUAGCCAUGCUAAUUUGUUUGAAGCAAAUCCGUCGGAUAGUGUCAACUCAUCUACAGGUUCAUUAGUUAGGAAACGCUUGUUGUCACCUUUGAAUAGCAUGGUUCUUCCAGAUAAAUUUGCAGGUGAAUCUUUGGAUAUUGGUGGUAGUACUGUUAGAAGUAACUCCAACUUCACGCUUGAUAAAUAUAGUGCUCCCUCACAAGAACAUAAAAAGGCUCAUAUAGGCAACACAAACAACUUCAGUAAUAAAAAUUGGUUCAUGCCAUCUUUCCCUAGGGGGAACUGUUGUUCGCCGAAUGAAACAUGUGGAGAGGUCUCCCCUUUUGUGACAGAUGGUCCUUUGUUCAAAUACGAGGUUCCUGAAUCUGAGAUUCCUUUUACUCCUCCAUCCCCUGGGUUAAAUUUUUGUGCACAUAUGAUAAAAACACAUUUGAAAGAUGGGAUAAUAGACAUACCCGUAGAAAAUACGUUCUCGCCACUAUUAUCUCUUUCUCCUCUUGGACCAAAAUCUCAUAUGAGGGUGGGACGUGCCGAAAGGUUUAGGAAUUCCUGGGAGGAUCAUGAUGACAACUACUUAACUUUGAAGGAUGUGGAACACUCACUUGAUCGAAGACUUUCAGACGUUUUAUCUCCGCGGAAGGAAGAGGUUCACAAAACAGGAAGUGAACUUUUCCAAGAUGUUGAAGUUUUUGAGAUGAACUUAGAACGUUUCACACCUGAAAUUAGGCGGUCCAAGGCACAAAAUUCAGUUCCUACAAAGCAAUGUGCAAGAUUUGGUAGAAGUCUUAGUGGACUGUCUGUCAAAAGGUCCUUAGUUGGUUCAUUCGAGGAGUCACUCUUAUCUGGUCGUUUGGCGUCCGGUGUAGUGAGCCAGAGAAUUGAUGGUUUUCUUGCGGUCCUUAGUAUCACUGGUGGAAAUUUCUCGCCACAUCCUCAGAAACUUCCAUUUGCUGUAACUAGUGUAGAUGGUGAUAACUUAUUGCUGUACUACUCAUCAAUAGAUCUUGGAAGACCAGGCAGUGGCAGUAAAGGCUCACGAAUUGGGAAUUCUAGCACUAAUGGUUCACAAACAAACAAAGGCCGCCUACGUAUACCGAUGAAAGGGCGCAUACAACUGGUUCUCAGCAAUCCAGAGAGGACACCUAUCCACACAUUCCUUUGUAGCUAUGAUUUGACUGACAUGCCAGCUGGUACGAAGACAUUUUUACGUCAAAAGAUAAAUUUGUCUAUGGAUAAAGCUGGAAGCAAGAGUUUAGAUAGAAAGAUGGAUAGUGGACCAGCUUCGGUUACUAGUGUUGAGGAUGACAGUUCAAUUCUAUAUUCUACCAAACCUGCAAAUAGCACUUCAAAGGUGAAUGAGAGUAGUGCUAAUUCUAGUGUUCUUCGUUAUGCUCUACAUCUCUGGUUCUUGUGCCCCUGCCCCAAGAAGAGUGCAAGAAAUGGCAUGGACGUUGAAGAGGGGAGACGAUUCUACUUGUAUAAUGAUAUGAGAGUAGUUUUCCCUCAGCGACAUUCAGAUUCUGAUGAAGGCAAGUUGCAUGUGGAACAUCAUUAUCCCAGAGAUCCCAAGUAUUUUGACGUCAGCGACUGAGAUGGUGAACUUAUUCGAUGUCUCACCGUCUUAUUUCCUUUGUGCAUAACCCCUACUUCACCUGUAAAUUCUUUCCAAUAAAUAGUUCUAACAUUGACCUGUACAGAAUUGUACAUAAGAAUUUUCUACCAUCAAUGGAAAAAAUAACAUGGAAAGAAAAACUGAUUUCUUUCCCCUUUCUACUG